AUCAAACACAAACUCAAAGUCAUCUCUUAUCUUCACCCAAAGACUUCAAGCUCUCUCUACAAGUUGUCUAACUUUUCAAUUUUCACCCUUAAUCUCUUAUUUCAGUCAAAAGACACCCAUUUGUCCUCUGCAAAUCGCUUACCAAACACUCUUCAAAAUUACAACAAUAAUGGAGAACCUACAAAAGAUGAUCUCCGAGAAGUCAGUAGUAAUUUUUAGCAAGAACUCGUGCUGCAUGUCUCACACAAUCAAGACUCUCUUCUUAGACUUUGGUGUGAACCCUACGAUCUAUGAGCUCGACGAGAUCAACAGAGGAAGGGAGAUAGAGCAAGCAUUGGCUCAGCUCGGGUGCAGCCCGACCGUGCCGGUGGUGUUCAUUGGAGGGCAGCUUGUUGGUGGAGCCAAUCAAGUCAUGAGUCUCCAUCUCAAUCGCUCUCUAGUUCCAAUGCUUAAACGUGCUGGAGCAUUAUGGCUUUAACAUCAAAAUAAAUGGAAUCACAAAUU